ACGCGCGCAGCCACAGGUGGUGUUUAUGCGCGCCACCUUCACGUGUGAAACGACAGAGAAGAGGAGAGUCAAAGUGCUGUCAGUGCUCCAUCACCGUCUCGGCUCUGUUACGCUGACGUUGUUUUGUUCAUAUUUCGGAGCCUGUCUGCUUAAGGCUGAGGUGAGCUGGGUGUUUGGUCGAGGAGUGAGAGCAGAUUCAACAGGUGGAGGAGGCGACACUCAGCCCUGAAAACACAGCACUUAUAUUGGGUUUUGACAAGUGUGUGCUGACCUGAUCUUUCAAUGGCGCUGACGGUGAAUCUGAUCGGUCCUUCACCAUGGGGCUUCAGAAUAUUUGGAGGAAGGGACUUCAAGAAGGCCAUAACUGUAUCAAAGGUCAAUGGGGGCAGCAAGGCAGAGCAGGCAGCCCUGCAGCCCGGUGACAUUAUCUUGGAGAUCAACGGGGAAAACACGGCCGACAUGUUGAACGUGGAGGCUCAGAACAAGAUCAAGAAUUCCAAGACCCAUCUGCAGCUGGCGGUGCAGAGAACUGGAUCUUCUAGCCCUGGACAGACAAAUGGCAUCAACAGCCCUGAACAGCUCACCGGACGCUUCCAGGAGACAGUAAUAGUGAGUCGAGAUGAGAACCAGAACUACAGAGAGUACACCAUUUCCAGCCCUGCAUCACUGUCCCCUGGACCUUAUUCACCAGAUCCUCCUGCCAGCCCUGACGGGAAGAGAGAGAGGCUGACACCAACCAUCAACAAGAGUGUCCAGCUCCGCUCAUGGUCUCCAGAUGAGAAGAGUCACAGGCUGUCUAGACCCCUCUCACAGGACUUCUCCUCCUCAGACUACAGAAAUAACUCUGUGUCCAGCAGAACCCCCACCCCACCAGGACGCUACUCACCCCACAGUCCCAUUGACCGGGAUGUACCCAUGUCCCCUCGUCGCAGUAGUACGAGCUCUGACUUUGCCAUGCAGAGGUUUGACAGGGACUCAGAGGUGUACAAGAUGAUCCAGGAGAAUAAGGAGUCCCGCACGGCGCCUCGUCAGUCCAACACCUUUAAAAUGCUGCAAGAGGUCCUGGAGGCUGACGAGAAAGGGGCAGCCUUGAAGUUCCCAGGGAAGCUUUCACCCAACGCCCCAAUACCAAGCGCACCAGUGGCAGGAGUCAGCAAAUACCACACCUGUGAGAAGUGUGGCACCAGCAUUGUUACACAGGCAGUGCGUAUCACAGACGACCACUUCCGCCACCCAGAGUGCUACAUUUGCACAGAUUGUGGCCUUAACCUGAGAAUGAGAGGGCACUUUUGGGUUGGAGACGUGAUGUACUGUGAGAAGCAUGCCAAACAGAGGUACCAAGGCCCAGGUAGUUCACCUCAAACCACCAUCUCCCCUCGCCAAUGAAUUCGCCGCCACACACCCGCCCCGCCCUGGACAUAGAGUGCUGCUUAUCUGCCUGAAGCUUCACGUCAUCAUGACUCUGUUACAGACCUUGGGAAUGGGGCGUGGAAGUGGACAGACAUCAACGAUAUGGCAGAGGAUGUUCUUUUCUGAUCAUAGUUAACCAUAUUUUUGCAAUAUUAUGAUUCACUUUCUUGCCUUUUGUUAUAACUCUGAAAUUUGGAGCUUUUUUUUCUUCAUAUGGCCCAGCCUCCACAGUCUCUUUAGGUUAUUCUUAGCUCUAAUGAUGCACAGCUGCCAUGGACUCAAGCCACAUUGUACUAAGGCCAGAUUUGCAUAACACCAUAGACAAACUCAACAGGACUGGCUCUCUGAAUCUGAAGAUCUGGAUAAUCAUUUGAAUCUUUUGCUGACACAAAGGGACCAAAUCUCAUCUACACUGCAUGCCAUUAUGAAAAUGUACUGUACACAAGCGGUGAUGUGUGUGUGUGUGUGUGGGUGCAUAUGGGUGCGUGCUUUCACAUGCAGAAGUGGAGUGACUUCUGCAUACUUUCCUUGCAUCCGAUAUGUGUGUGUGUGUGAGUGUGAGUGUGUGCAUGAAGGAGAGAGAAUGCGGGUGGGAAAAAAGGGGGACCACAUUGUUACAGACACAAAGGAGUUGGAAUUUUGCCUUAGUCUGGCCAAAAGCCCUUAAGUUCUUCUAUAUUUCUUUUGUAAGCAGAAUUUACUAGUAGAUAGAAAUGAUGAAAAAUACAUAUUUGCUGCCUUUUUUGCUGUUUUGUUGCUUAUGAGGGACUAUAGAUUCAUUCAGUAUACAAAUAUUUUUGAUGUUUUUGUGAUUGAACUGUAUUAUAUAAUAUAGACCAUUUAAAAUGAAUGAUGUAUGCACAGGACAUUUAGUGUGAGAAGACUUGAUGAUGAUGAUGAUGAUGAUGAUGAUGAUGAUACAUUUGUCCAGUUACAGCAGUACUCAGAGAUACACUAUAAUGUUAACAUUCCAUGUGGCACUUAAUAAAAUUGCACAUCCUGAAGCUUCCUCAGUGAUGAUGUGUUGGAA